AUGGCCAGUGAAUCGUCCUCUAACCCUCCAUCCAUCGCGUCCACUGCGGAUGCUGUUGACAGACAAAUUAAGGUCUUUGAAUUACCAGCCAACGCGGCUGCUCCAGUGGAAAUGCCAGAGUCGUUUUACAAGCUCGACAGCAGUGAGCUGAAAAAAUUGUAUCAAUCUCAAAUGGAACAACGUCAAAAGCUGGAGAAUAGUCCCUUGAAAACACAAAAGAUGCGUAAUGCUGAAGAGCAAGAACGUAUGAAAAAAUACCCCAAAACUACCAUGCGUAUUCGCUUCCCUGACCGAAGAAUAUUGCAGGCGACAUUUUUGUCUAAGGAACCAGGCAAGUAUUCUAUUCUUAGGCAGAACCUAUGA